AUGAGCAGGCAAUCAAUCACAACGAUACACAUCCUUAUUAGUAUGCCUUCAAAGCGGCAAAUCAAAUGCACUGCGCAAUUGCCACAAGCAUCUUACCUACCAGGUUUUGUCGAAAGUCGCCAAAGUUUCGAAAUGAAGGUCUUUGUUCUCAUCAUGCUGAUGGUUCUCAUGGCCGCUCUGCUGACUGACGCAGUAGACGGCAAAGGCCGCGGAGUAAGCCGCGGGGUAAGCCGCGGAGUAAGCCGUGGAGUAACCCGUGGAGCAAGCCGCGGAAAAAGCAGCGGAGGAGUCCCCGGAAAAUCCCGGAAAAGGAGCAAACCAAAACGCAGGAGAGGACCCAAACGCUUGUUUGGCUUUGGCCAAGCAGAUGAUGAUGAAGAGGGGGAGGAUGAUGAGGAAAUUACAGACGAUGAAAUCACAAAGAGACCACGUGGAUGUCCACCAUGUCCAAAACCUGAUUAUGGUCGGCUCAGAAAGCAAAUUUGCUCAUAGUGAAGUAAAUGAAUUGCGUGGAUGCGAAGAAAUAAAUAUCAUCGUGCACUCUUACAUCUCUUAGGAGGAAACUAUAUAUGCAAACUAACAAGAGAACAC